UUGAUCCCAAUGCUUUCAAUUGCUUUCAGCAUUGGAAUCCAUUCAAAUAAUGUAGAAGAAUCUGGAUUGGGUAUAAAUUUACUUUCUCAACGAUCCAGAAUGACAAAAAUACAAAAGACGAAGAGGAAGAAAGAGAUUGAAACUACUCACCUGUGAUCUAAUUAACCAUGGAGGAAGCAGUCUUCAGCCCACCUAUUGACGAAGGGAGAUGGGUGAGGCAAGGUCGCAGGAGCUUAGAGUCAGAACACAUUUUAAGGCAAGUAGCAUAUAUUGAUUUCAUUCCUACGAUCUUUCAAGUCCCCAAAACCUUGAAAGAAAGAAAGCCAGACGCCUACACCCCACAAACACUUGGCCUGGGACCAUACCAUCAUCUCCGGCCCGACCUCCACCGCACCCACCAGAAAAAGCUUGCCCAGAUCAGCUUGUUUCAGGAUAGAGACGAAGACUCACCCAAGACUCAAUUUUUCUCCCAAGAAGCCUUCAAAAGGGUGAGGGAUAUUGAGCCUUUAAUUCGAGUCCAAUAUGACAAGUACUUGGAUCUUGAAGGCUCCACCCUAGAGUGCAUCUUCCUCCUCGAUUCUUUCUUCUUGCUUGAUUUUCUUGGUCUCUACAAGGAGAACACGGACGCCUCCAACCUCAACCAGGGCCACAAAGAAGUUGUGAAGGACGUUUUAAUGUUGGAGAACCAAAUUCCCCACGAAGCCCUUGAGGAGGUCGGGAAGGAAAUAGGGCUGUUCUCUCCUAAAAGACACACCUCUACACAAAUGCUGUAUACCCGACUCUUUUACUACUUCUGCAAAGCCCACUCUCCGCUCAAGGUGUCGGAGCGGGCGUGCAUUGAACCGUUGGGGAGACAUCACCUCUUGAGCUUUAUGUAUUAUAGCAUUAUUAGUAAUCGUCCUCUUACACCAGAAGAGGAAAAAAUGGAAGAUCCCGAGGCCAUGGGAAUGACGACGAGAUGGAGGAUUGAAUUUCCUUUGUGCGAGCUCAGACUUGGAGGACCCUCGAUGCAUCCAUUUCUGACCCCCGCCGUAGCAGUUUCCGCAAAUAACAGGAAACAGGAACGAAAGACAAGAGCCAUUAGCCGCCGUAUCAUUCCUUCGGUGACAGGGCUAUCCAAGAAGCACGGAGUGGAUUUUAGGGUGUUGGAACCGGAUGAAGGGAUUGGGAAUAUCAGAUUCACCCGCCACCUGGAGGGCGAAAACCCCACGAUUCAUCUCCCGGAAAUCACAUUCAGAUUUGAUUCCGAGGUGAUCUUGAGGAACCUGUUGGCGUAUGAAGCUGCGGAGGGUGGGCGAGAACCUAUCAUAGCGUUGGGUAGAUACGUUGACCUGAUGGUUGACUUAUUGCAGACAGCGCAAGACGUGGCCAUGCUCCGACUGAGGGGAAUCGUCAAGGGGGACACGGUCAGCGAUGGGGAAAUCGCUGAAAUCUUCCGCGGGAUUGGUAAAUCUGGGGCGAAACCGAGCACGUUGUCUGCCAGCUCGAAGGUGGUGGAAGAAGUGCAGAGCAUGGCAGUGGAAUCGAAGAAGUGCAGAGCAUGGUAGAGGACGGAGGUUACUGGGAAGCCACCCACGCUAUCGCCUAUAGGGCUGUAUAACUGGAUACGAAGUAUAUAUAUUCUAAAAAAAUUGGGCGCAUUAAGCUGUUUUAAUUAAUCACGCCAAAAACAAAUUCAAUUGUCAAAUAAAAUAAAAAUAAUUAAUAUUUAUGUAUAAUUUAGAGAUUUUGAGAUAUUUACUUGCAUAUUCAAUUAGAAUAUUAGAAAACGUGA